CACACCUGGCAGACAGACUGGGCAGGAGACUACGAGGAUCUCCUGAACCCUGAACCUCUGGAGAGGAGCCGCAUCGGACUGGAGGCACCGUCUCACACCGGGUGCAGACCCAAGGCCAGAAGACCCCGACCGGGUUUGACCCCCAUCCCCUUGACCCUAACCUACUUAUUAAAGGACACUUUUUGUCAAAUGAUUCCUGUCUGAGUCUCUUGUUUUAUUCCUGAAUCUUGGCCCCCCGGGUUGCCACAGUAGAUGAAAUAUGCAAAGGCAUCACAAGGGUUUUUAUUUGUGUUGUUCAAAGAAUUUAAAAUGAGUUUAGAAGAAAUGAGACGCUUUGAAACUUUGUGGUUCAGAAAAAAACAUUUCCCCAAAAUGGGCCUCUCCACUUCCUCAUGCAGCACAUUUUACAGAAUGAGGCCGUGGGUCACGCUUCUCUUUGCCGUUUCUCUUCUGCAUCCAUGUGAAGCACAAGGGAGCAGAGUGACUGCUGUGUUGGUGCAGGAGGGAGAAGAUCUGCUCCUGGAGGCUGAAUAUAAUAAUCCUGAAGAUUAUUUAAUUGUUAGGUGGAAAUUCAACAAAACGGUCGAUUUAGUGAGAUUUGUACAUGAUAGAGAACCAGCUGUCUUUCCUGAUUUCACUGGAAGGAUUGAGUUUACUGGGAAAAGAUUCUCUGUGAAAUUAAAGAAUCUCCAGCUGGCAGACAGUGGAGUUUAUACUGCAGACGUGACCACGACUGAAAGAGACCUCCCACUAGCUGAAUACAAGGUCACCGUUCAAGCUCCAGUGUCUCCAGUUAAGCUCUCCGUGGUCUCCGUGGUCUCCAGAAGCUCCGCCUCCUGUGACCUCACUGUGAACUGCAGCACACAGGACUCUCACAUCAGCAGCACUUUUACAUGCGUGGACGGAGCCUGCAGUCAGGAGGGAGGAGGAGGGCGAUCGGAGGUCACGACCUCUGGCGCUUCUCUCCAGGUCUACCUGUUGAAUAGCUCCAUCGUCUGUCACCAUAGCAACCAGGUUCACUGGACCAAGGACUUUAAAGGGACCCAACACGUUUGCUCCCAACAUGCUGACCAUAACCGCGUCCUGGUGCUUCGGAUUGCUGUCGGCUUCACGGUUCUCUUUCUCCUCAUUCUGUUCGGCCUGUUUCUUUAUUGUCGAAAGAGAAAAAACUAUGAAAAAAAAAGCAGCGAGAAUACGGUUUAUGAAAUUCCUCUGGCCGCAACAACACCCCGACUUCUGGUUCAGAGUCCAACCGACGAGGCUUCAGGUCUUUCUCCAACCUCCACCUACAGCUUGGUCGGAGCUCACACUGGAUCCCUGGAACCUUCUGAGACCAGAGGCCCGGCUGCGGUGGAGAGCCUGUACGCCCAGGUGGAGAAGCCUGCCCGGUCCUUAAACCAUUAACGGGGGAAUUGUAUUCCUCAUACAGCAAUUACUAAAGCUUUACGGUUUUAUUUAAGUGUUCACUGAUAAGUGCCACUGAUAUGAAUUGUAAUUAUUUCCUAAACCAGCAACGAUUUACAGUUUGGACUUCCAAGGCGUCGCAGGACAGUUGUGUCUUAUCGUGGUGUUCUUACAGGUUCAAAAGGAGUCAAAUACUUGUGAACUUGUGGAGAGGCCCAUGUGCAAAGUUUGGAGGGAGGAAACGGAGGAAAACAAAAAAAGCUUGAUUGGCUUGAAAUGUUUUAUUUUUCUAUAAUAUAUUUUGUCAUGAA